AUGUUGAAGCCACUACUGUUCAUGGUAUUGGCGACGGCAGUGGUAGCGAGGAGGUCGCCGAAUGCAGAUUACGUUGAGAACUGGUUGAAGGAAAAUGGAAAUCAUGGGUUUACACCGGAAGUAAUCGAGGAUGCACUUCUGGAUGCUCCAGGUCUGAUUGAAAAAUAUGGAUAUCCAGUAGAAAUUCACAAAUUAACCACGCCUGACAAUUACGUGUUGGAAGUUCAUAGAAUUCCGUAUGGAAGAGAUCAGAAUAAUGAGCCUGAUCCCAAUAAACCUGUUGUUUUGGUCAUGCAUGGACUUAUCUCUUCAUCAGCUGAAUUUGUAGUACAGGGACCAGAAAUCGCUUUGGGUUAUGCCCUGGCCGAGGCCGGUUACGACGUAUGGUUGGGCAAUGCUCGUGGAAAUUUCUAUUCUAGGGAAAACCUUUAUCUGGACCCAAAUGAUCGACGUAAUCCAGAGUUUUGGAGAUUCAGCUGGGAUGAAAUAGGAAAUAUUGAUUUACCUGUCACCAUUGACCACAUCCUUGAAGUGACUGGACAUUCCAAGUUGCAUUAUAUCGGUCACUCCCAAGGCUGUACCAUAUUCUUCGUCCUCAACUCCUUAAGGCCAGAAUACAAUGAGAAGUUCAUAUCAGUUCAUGCAAUGGCGCCGGCUGCAUUCUUCUUAUAUAGUAACGAUUUCUUCACAAGGCUUGUAGCACCGUAUUCAACUGCUAUUGAGGUUCUUAGCGAAACUGUGGGCUAUAACGAUGUAUUCGGCAACAGAGCAUUGCUAACGUGGUUUGGUAUUAACUUCUGCAAAGAGGGCGAUUUAAUACACAGCAUAUGUGUCUCAAUGUUAAUAGCAGAAGGCGACAUAGAAUAUUUUAAUACGACUUUAACGCCAGUAGUAUACGGCCACUCGCCCGCCGGAUCAUCCGUAAGACAAGCCUUCCAUUACCUCCAGGGUACAUAUACCAGAGAGUUCCGAAGAUACAAUCAUAUACCGAUCGUAAAUAUUGAACGAUACGGUCAAGCCGUCCCGCCAUCCUACGACCUAUCCCUAGUUACAGCACCAAUUAAUGUUCACUACUCAUUGGGUGAUGCAACGGCGGAUUAUAGAGAUAUUUAUCAUUUAGUUGAAAGGUUACCCAAUGUAGUCGGUAUGCAUCAAAUAGAAAGGACAGCAUUCAGUCACAGAGACUUUGUUUGGGGUAUUGAUGCAAAAGAACAAGUGUAUGAUAAGGUUAUCAAUCUUAUGAGAGAGGCAGAAGCGAAGCUCAAGUGA